AUCCUCGGCCUUCUCGCGCGGCGGAAGCCGUCUCGGUGCGCCAGUCCUCCUAGCGCGCGCCGCCGGGCACUGCAAGGCGGUCGGGCUCCAGGGAUCGCGGGCGCCCGCCCGCAGCCGGCCAGCUCUUCCGCCCGCCUUCCUCCCGGCGUGCACCGCGGCGCGGCCAUGUUGCCGUAGUGUUGUUUUCUUCCUGCGGAGGCGAGGGGCCGCUGCGCACCCGGACGCGCGGGCCUCGCCUCUGCUCGCUCGCGGGCGCCGGCCCUCGCCGCUCCCCCGCCUCCCCGGCCCGCACCAGCGCCGUCGGCCCGCCAGAGGCUCGGGGAACGGCUGAAGGCCGGGCCCGGGGACCACCAUGGCGGCCGCCCUGGGCGCGGGCGGAGGAGCAGGCGCUGGAGAUGAUGAUUUUGAUCAGUUUGACAAGCCUGGUGCGGAAAGGUCCUGGAGAAGAAGAGCUGCUGAUGAGGACUGGGACAGUGAACUGGAAGAUGACUUGCUUGGAGAAGAUUUACUGUCUGGAAAAAAGAAUCAGUCGGAUUUGUCAGAUGAAGAGUUGAAUGAUGAUCUUCUACAGAGUGAUAAUGAAGAUGAAGAAAAUUUCAGUUCUCAGGGUGUCACUAUCAGUCUGAAUACCACCUCUGGCAUAGUUACAUCGUUUGAGCUGUCUGACAAUACCAACGACCAGUCUGGAGAACAGGAAUCUGAGUAUGAACAAGGAGAAGAUGAACUAGCCUACCACAAACCCGAGGAACAAGAACUGUAUACUCAGGAGUACCCAGAGGAAGGACAGUAUGAAGGCCAUGAUGCAGAGUUGACAGAAGACCAAAUAGAAUAUGGGGAUGAGCCAGAGGAGGAGCAGCUGUACAAUGAUGAAGUGCUGGACAUCGAAAUCAAUGAACCUUUAGAUGAAUUUACAGAUGAAGAAUACUUGCAGGCUUAUGGUGGGCAACAAGGGCUGCAAGUGCGGGAAGACUGUGAGGCUGAAGAUGACUUAGAUGAGAUUACUGAUUCCCAGGUUGCUUCUGAGACCCACGAGGGAGGAAUGGAAACCCUGGAACUCCAGAAGGACAUAAAAGAAGAAUCAGAUGAAGAAGAUGAUGACGAUGAAGAAUCUGGAAGAUUGCGUUUCAAAACUGAAAGGAAAGAAGGAACAAUUAUUAGGCUUUCAGAUGUAACUAGAGAGAGAAGGAACAUUCCAGAAACUUUGGAGCUUUCAGCAGAAGCCAAAGCUGCUUUGCUUGAAUUUGAAGAAAGAGAGCGACAGCAUAAGCAGGGACGCUAUGGUUCCAGGCGGGGAGGAAGGCGAGGAGGCUCUCUGAUGUGCCGUGGAAUGGGAGACCAGAGACGAGAGAACAGCGAGAGAGGAAGGGUGAAAGAGCACAGGCCCGCCCUGCUUCCUACGCAGCCUCCUGUCGUGGCUCACUCUCCAAGAUUAAUCCCUCCUCCACAGCCACAGCCUCCUCCUCCACCACCACCACCUCAGCAGCAGCCAAUCAGAAGUCUUUUCCAACAGCAGCAGCUACAGCCUCUACUCCCCUUACAGCACCCCCACCAUCCCUCCCCACCUCAGGGAGUGCACAUGCCCCCCCAGAUCGAGACUCCAAGGAUGAUGCUGACCCCUCCCCCAGUGACUCCUCAGCAGCCCAAGAACAUCCACAUCAAUCCACACUUUAAGGGGACGGUGGUGACCCCUGUUCAAGUGCCCUUGCUGCCAGUUCCAAGCCAGCCGAGGCCUGCCGUAGGACCCCAAAGAUUCCCAGGGCCUCCAGAAUUUCCACAGCAUACACCUGGACCUGUUCCCAACAGUUUUAAUCAGCCACCUCGACUUCCUCUCCAGGACCAGUGGAGAGCCCCACCACCACCUCAGGAACGAGACCCUUUCUUCUUGGGAGUUUCAGGUGAACCAAGGUUCCCCAGUCAUCUUUUCUUGGAACAGCGAAGUCCACCACCACCUCCUCCUCCCACGCUCCUGAACAGCAGCCAUCCUGUCCCCACUCAGAGUCCCUUACCAUUCACUCAGCCUGGACCAGCAUUUAAUCAGCAAGGACAGCAGCCAGUGUUCCCUAGAGAGAGGCCUGUAAGACCAGCCCUGCAGCCCCCAGGCCCAGUGGGGAUCCUGCACUUUAGCCAGCCAGGGUCAGCAACUGCCAGGCCUUUCAUUCCUCCUAGACAGCCGUUCCUCCCCAGCCCUGGACAGCCGUUCCUGCCUACGCAUGCACAGCCUAACCUUCAGGGACCCUUGCAUCCUCCGUUGCCUCCACCUCAUCAACCACAGCCCCAGCCUCAGCAGCCACAGCAGCAGCCCCAGCAUCACCAGCACCAGCCACCCCUUCAACCUCCUCUCCAGCCUCCACAUCAGCCUCCUCCACAGCAUCAGCCUCCCCCUCAGCAUCAGCCACAGCAGCACCAGCAUCACCACCACCUUUCCGCUCCUCCCCCCCCUCUGAUGCCCAUGUCUCAGCCACAGUUCAGGCCACAUGUGCAGACUGCUCAGCCUCAGCCCAACAGCAGUCGGAUGCAGUGUACCCCACGUCAGGGGCUACGGCAUAAUGCAGCAUCUCAGAGUAUAAGCAAACGACCGAUGCAGCAGAUGCAACCCACCGCUCCCAGAAACAGUAAUCUGCGAGAACUCCCCAUAGCACCUUCACACGUAUUGGAAAUGAGUAGUAAUCGCUGUUCCUCUACACCUGCAGCUCAGGUGAAGCCCAUUGUCAACACUUCUCCACCCUGCAGGGCUGUGGUGGCUUCUAGGAGCUCACAGGGAAAAACUGAUGCAAAAGUCAAGCCGCUUAGCCCUGGAGCUCAACCUAAGGAAGAAGCAAAAGCAGAACCAGAGUUCCCUGAUGAAGAUGAAGAGACAAGGUUAUAUCGCUUAAAGAUAGAGGAGCAGAAGCGCCUGAGAGAAGAAAUCCUGAAGCAGAAGGAGUUACGAAGGCAGCAGCAGGCUGGUGCCAGAAAGAAGGAGUUACUGGAAAGACUUGCACAACAGCAACAGCAGCAGCAGCAACAGCAGCAGCAGCAACAGCAGCAGCAGCAACAGCAGCAGCAGCAACAGAUCUAUGGCCCACAGACCACUGUGGAGCAAGAGGAGCUGGCAGCUACAUCAUCGCCCACAAACGGUAACUCACUGCUGCCGUUUCCAGGGCCACAGUGCAGGCAGAAUGUGAAAACCAGACUUCUUGUUAAAAACCAAGAUGUCAACGUUGCUAAUGUUCAGCCCAAGGCAGUAAACUUUGUUCCGCCUGGUGCUAACAUGCAGCAUCAAGGGCAGCAUGUGAGACCACUGAAGCAUCUGCGACAGCUGCCACAUAAGGUCCUCCAUGUCAAGCCUAUGGACAUGGAGGAGGCACCCCACUCCCCACAGGCAGCCAGAGUGACAUCCCUCCAGGGCCGGCCUCAGGACACCAAGCCAGGGGUGAAGAGGACUGUUAUGCACAGGGCCAACAGUGGAGGUGGUGGAGAUGGGCCACAUGUCAGCUCCAAAGUCAGAGUCAUUAAGCUGUCUGGAGGGCAGGGAGGAGAGAGUGAUGGCUUUUCUCACACAGAGAGCCAGCCCCAGCGGCUUCCCCAGACUUCGGACAUGAGACAGCAGCCUACUCGCAAGGUGACGCUGACCAAGGGGGGUCCUCAGCAGCCCCAGCACUUGACUGUGGGGCCCCACAUGUACCCGGCUAUUCCUCCAGGGAUCAAAAGCAUCCAAGGGAUUCACCCAGCCAAGAAGACCAUCAUGCAUGGACGAGGCCGAGGAGUGGCAGGUCCCAUGGGCCGGGGGCGCCUAAUGCCAAAUAAGCAGAACCUUCGAGUGGUGGAGUGCAAGCCACAGCCCUGUGUGGUGUCUGUGGAAGGGCUGUCUUCGUCAACCACUGAUGCCCAGCUGAAGAGCCUGCUGAUGUCUGUGGGGCCAAUCCAGAGUUUACAGAUGCUUCCCCAGCAACGGAAAGCCAUAGCAAAGUUCAAGGAGCCAGCCCACGCACUAGCAUUUCAGCAGAAAUUCCACAGGCACAUGAUCGAUCUGUCCCACAUAAAUGUUGCCCUGAUAGUGGAGUGAUCUUGAAUGGGAAAAUCUGACCUCAUGCUGCACACACUGUGGAAUUUCUUCAAGGAAGCUAUAGGUUGGCGCAGGAUCCCCAGAAGUGUAGGCCUCUCCGGUCUGCAGUUUGCCAACUUGUCUGCGCGCCAGCCAGCCACAGGGUGAUUCCAGAAGAGAGUUAAACUGGUGGACAUGGGAUUGGAGUCUGGUGUUAGAUUGCUUUGAAUUCUGUUGUUCACAAGAACUCUGUUCUCGUGUUCUUUUGUUUCCAAGUGCUUACAAUGCAUGUAGACCUUGUUCUUCGUGAUCCUACUAUGUGAUUGGUCACAGUCUUAGAUUCAGGAAAGAAUGUUACCAGCUCAAAUUCCAAGGAUUUUUCCACAGCAAAGAAUAUUUGAUAAUGGUUGCACUUAUCUUCAGUACAGGCUAGAAAAGAAUUCUCAACCAGGCUUAACUGGAGAGGUCUCAGAAAGCCCUCACAGGCUCUGGUAAAACAUAGGUAAAAAUUCGGGUGAUUAUGAUUGACACGCACCUGCCCUGGGAAGCCAGGGUGUGAGAUGGGUGGCUGGGAAUGGUGCCAUGAAAGUGGCAAUUCUGCUUCCUGUAAAUACCUCCAAAGUGCUGCCUGUUUCAGCAGAAACUCUCAGGUGGGCACAGUGCUAGCUAAGCAAGCACAGGGAGCUCUAUGGCCAGUGGCUCAGUCACUCCCCACAGGCAGCCCUCUUGGCCUACUUUCCUGGCACAGGUUGAGAUACAGCUUGAAGGGUGGUCAGACUUACCUGGGCCUCUGCUUUUUAAACACCCUAGCUCUGUGGUAUGUGCUGUCAUUGCUUUGAUUACCUCACUGCCCUUCAGGGUUUUGAGUUUCCUUUGGGUUGCCCUUCUAUCGCAUGUGUGAGGGAUGGAUUCCUCAGCAGGGCUGAUGCUCUCCAAGAUAAGUGUGUCUGUCCACACUAGUCAUGUUGGUCAGGUCCAGCAGGUGAGACUCACUUUCUACAAAGCAUCCCAUGCAAGUCCAUGCUGGGCAGACACUGAACACAGUGCCUUAUUAUGUUUCCCCCAUGAAAGAUUCAAUGUUCGGGACGUACUCUAAAAUGGGCAAUGACACUAGGACACACUCAGGACUUUUUAGUUGUAUUUUAUACCUGUAAUUUUAUCUGACAUACCUUAAUAGGAUUGAGGGAGAUAGGAGUCUGUUGUCACUUACUGUCGCUGGAUAAUGAGGAGUAGGUGCAGGUUAUGUUACGUUUUCAAUUAAGUUGCCAAUCUUUACAACUGGAGGAUGGUAUUCCAGGCCCUGUGAAACUGCAUAGGACCAAUUCUGAGAUGACAUUAUGUGGUGGCAAGGAGCACUAAGGCAAUGUGAUGGUUGUUAGGGUUCCAGGCAAUUGAGGCAAGGCAUUCAUAGGAUAGAAGACCCUGUGGCUAUGGUGCCACUUCUGACCACAAAGCCUCUGCCUUACCUCUGGCAGGUUGCACUGAGGGCCAGCUCUGCGGUGCGGUGCCUUUACCAAGCUUGGCCCCAGCCCAUCCAAGUGCUAUCGACUGGUCACCCCACUGUCACUCCCACUCAUUUCUCCUAGACACAGGGGUUAUCGAUAGAUAUUUCACUAAAUUGGUGAGUUUGGUAAUAUGUUAGCUCUAGUUGGAUGAGAUAGAGGCCAUGUAGGAACUUGAGGAUUAGGACUCAGUAAAAGGAGUUUAACAAGUUUGCUUCUUUCUCAAAUAGUUUUGAGCGCUGGGCCUUUAAAACCCAAAUCUGCAUUUUUGUCUGAAAAGUAGGCACUGUUGCAUUGAAGUCACUUAAGGACUUAAGGAAAUACUCUCAUCAACAACACUGUUCACCUCAGGUCUUGGGGCCGCUUUGAGUAUGAUGAGAUACCCAGGAGCAUGUGUGUCCCUUAACUGUCUGCACACAUGAGGUAGCUUUCUCUUACGGCAGUGUCCUGAGAGAGCAGCUCCAAGCACUGCUUAGAAUAGCCGCUCGCUCACUGACCUUGGCACACAUCCACCUGGAGUGGACUGUCAGACUAGGCAGGCCAUUCUCAAGGCUUAGCUUCUGCGGAGGGAGCCACAGAAAGUGAGAGAAGCAGAAUUAGAAAGGACGCUCCCCACUUAACGUGCACUUCUCACAGCGAAGUCAACCACCACCCGAACUCAACCCGUGGAAGAUCUGCUGCAACCAUUAUCUCUGUUCUUUCUCUACCCUGCAUUUCAAAUGAGGAGAAAAGGCAUUAGCAUACUGUGUAAAUAUGGACCUUUUUAAGAUUAAAAUGUUAUUGGAAACGCUUUCAACUCAAACAGCAACACCUUAGCUAUUUGUUAGUUCUUUUUUUUUUGUUUGUUUGUUUUGUUUUGUUUUUGUUGUCUUAUCAAAGUUUAAUGGAGACACUUUCAUAAUUGUUGUGUGUACAUUCGAUUUUCAUAAAGAUGGUAGUAAGUCAA